AUGGCACGACAGGAGCUCCAUGCCAUCGAGCAGGAGCUCGGCGUCGAGAUCCUGCCGGGCACAGAAGUCAUGGCAGACGUUGGAAGCCAUCACUUCGUGAAGGGCGCAAGCCACGUCCUCGUGCCGCAGCCGUCAACGGACAAGCAUGAUCCUCUCAACUGGUCCCCAAUGUGGAAAGCCUUCGCCAUUGCAGCAUCCACGUCCGUCUCCUUCACCCAAGGCUUUGGGCCGUUGGCUCUGGCACCCAUGUUUCCAGACCUAGAGGAGGCGUUCGAUGCUGAGUUGGCCGACGUCGUACGCUUUACGGGUAUUGCUAUCUUGGUCUUGGGGUUUUCAAACUUCAUCUGGGUUCCCAUUAGCACCUCCUUCGGCCGACGACCCGCGUACAUCGCCUCCCAGCUCGUAUGUAUCGGAAGCUCGAUCUGGCGCGCCCGAGCGCAGACGUACUCGAGCUUCAUGGGUGCGUCCGUGUUGAACGGUAUCGGAGCCGGUCCAGCUGAGACCAUCCAACCCGCGGUCAUCGCCGACAUCUUCUUCCUGCACGACCGAGGAUUCUGGAACACGCUAUACUGGGUCUUCUACAUGGGCUCACUGAUGGUUGGACCCAUCAUAUCCGGCUCAAUGUCAUUGCACGUUGGCUGGCGAAACUUCUGGUGGUUCAAUACCGCCUUGCUCCUUGCCUCCUUCCUCAUGGUCGUCUUCAUGUUCCCCGAAACGAAAUGGCAUCGCCUCCAUCCGGAUGAAGUUCUGAAGAAUCUCGCCGAGGGCAAGAGCGUCUCUCCAGCAGGCUCGCAGGAGAAGGUCCCACCACCCGCGUCUGACGCCAAACCGACAGACAUGGGCGGCGAAAUCGAACAAUCCCGAACCCAGACCACCCUCAACCAACUCUCCCACCAAGCGACCGCCGAACGCGACCCAUGGCUCGGCAAAGGUACACCGAGCAAACAGCAAUGGAAGCUCUACCAGGCCAACGCCCACCCUUUCAAGACCAUCCUCUACGACCUCUGGAUCCCCUGGAAGCUCUUCGCCUUCCCCAUCGUCGAGUUCUCCGCCUUCGUCGUCUCCUGGUCCUGCAGCUCCUUCCUCACCAUCAACCUCACGCAAUCGCAGAACUUCGCCGCACCACCGUAUCUCCUCGACAGCGAAAAGAUUGGCUUCAUGAACUUCGCCAUCCUCAUCGGCGCGGCCAUUGGUCUUGCCACAGCUGGUCCCUUAUCCGACUGGGUCGCCGCUCGUGCUACAAGGAAGAAUCGCGGGAUAAGGGAGCCUGAGAUGCGUCUCCCGGCGAUGAUCCCAUACGUCCUCCUCAUGAUCCUAGGAAACUUCGUCGUGGCGUUUGGAUACGAGCAGAAAUGGCCUUGGGAAGCCAUUGUCAUCAUCGGAUACACGUGCGCCGGGAUUCAAGUCGCUGCGAUCCCGGCUAUGGUCACAACUUAUGCAGUGGAUAGCUACAAGCCGGUGGCGGGGAGUUUGAUGGUUGCCAUCACCGUGAACAAAAAUGUGUGGGGAUACGGGUUUUCGGAAUUCAUCAUCGAGUGGGUGAUUGAGGAUGGGUUUGUGCCGCCGAUUAGUGAGUACCAGUUUCAAACCGUUCACCGAGUCUCUACUAACGAUAAGCUAGUGACUAACAUGUGUCUGAUCACGCUGUGGUGCUCGUUUGGCAUUCUCUUCUAUUACUUCGGGAAGACAUUCCGGCGUUGGUCGAAGAACAGCUCGGUGCACCGGUUGUAG